AUGCCUAUCUCUGAGCCAAUCGCGAUCAUUGGAUCCGGAUGCAAGUUCGUCGGCGGAGCGACUUCGCCGUCCGCCUUGUGGUCGCUGCUGAAGGACCCGGUCGACCUGGCCUCGGAAGUGCCUCCAGACCGCUUCAAUAUCGAUGCCUUUUACCACACUGGCAGCAAGCGUCACGGCACGACAAACGUGCGAGAGGCCUACUUUCUAUCCGAGGAUGUUCGCCGCUUUGACGCCUCCUUCUUCAACAUCUCCGCCAUGGAGGCCGAGGGCAUAGACCCGCAGCAGCGUCUCCUGCUCGAGACGGUAUAUGAAGCUAUUGAAAGAGCUGGAAUCCGGCCGACCUCGCUCCAGGGCUCCUCCACGGGCGUCUUCUGCGGCACCAUGUUUGACGACUACAACCAGAUUCUCCUCCGGGACACGGAUCAUGCACCGCAAUACACGGCAACGGGCGUGGCGCGCAGCAAUCUGUCCAACAGAGUGUCGUACUUUUUCGACUGGCAGGGGCCGUCCGUGACACUCGACACUGCCUGCUCGUCCAGCAUGAUUGCGGCCCAUCUGGCAGUGCAGUCCCUCCGCGAGGGCGGCUGCCGUAUGGCUGUCGCCUGCGGCACAAAUCUCAUCAUGUCUCCUACCUUCUUCCUCUUUGCAUCGCCGCUCAAUAUGCUGUCCCCGACGGGACGAGGCAAGAUGUGGGAUAUCAGCGCCGACGGCUAUGCCCGCGGCGAGGGUAUCGCGGCUGUCGUUCUCAAGAGACUCUCGGAUGCUAUCGCAGACGGAGACCACAUCGAGAGCGUCAUUCGAGAGACUGGCGUCAAUCAGGAUGGCCGUACCAUGGGAAUUACGAUGCCUUCUGGUGCAGCGCAAGCGCGAUUGAUCCGGUCUACCUACGAAAAAGCCGGAUUGCGACCGGACACGGCUGAGGGGCGCUGUCAGUACUUUGAGGCCCACGGCACGGGGACACAGGCUGGAGACCCCCAGGAAGCGAGCGCCAUCGCCGAGGUCUUCUUCCCCCAGACUGAGGCAAAAUUGAACGGAAUUGGCAAGAAAAAAUUGCUUGUUGGCUCUAUCAAGACCGUGAUUGGCCAUACUGAAGGCGCGGCAGGACUGGCCGGGCUCAUCAAGGCCUCCUUGUCUAUCCAGCACGGCCUUGUUGUGCCCAACCUGCAUUUCGAAACCCUCAACCCCAAGAUUGAGCCAUACUACGACAACAUAUGCAUCCCCACAAUAGCGCAGCCUUGGCCGGAGCUUCCAGAAGGAGUGCCGCGCAGAGCAUCCGUCAACUCGUUCGGAUUCGGAGGCACGAAUGCGCACGCCAUCCUUGAAAGCUAUGACGGCGUGGCCGCAAAAACGAAGCUCAAUGGUCUUGGUGCUCCAGUCGUUAACAUACCACUCCCCUUUGUCUUCUCUACCCCGUCCGAUCAAACUCUGGUCUCUCUUCUCCAGUCCUGGAGCCAGUACCUCGCGACGCAUGGCGACGUCGACUAUACGCAUCUCGCCAAGGCUCUAUUCUCCCGGCGGGAUGUCUUCACGCACAAGUUUGUCACCCAAGCAGUGUCGUCCCGGGACCUCCAGGACAAGAUUGACGCCGAGCUGGCGCGCAGACAAGACAAAAGCGCCGCGACGUCUUCCACGGUUCGAAAGACCAGCCCCGGCCCAAAACGAGUCCUGGCCGUCUUCACCGGCCAGGGUGCGCAGUGGCCGCGCAUGGGCAUCGACCUACUCCUCGCCUCGCCGCAUGCCACACGAUGGCUGCAGGAGCUACAGGACUCUCUCGACAGCCUGCCGCCGCAGUACCGUCCGCGCUACUCACUGGCGCAGGAACUGGCCGCGGCCCAAGACUCCUCGCGACUGCGCGAGGCCGCCAUCUCGCAGCCGCUAUGCACUGCUUUGCAAAUCAUCCAGGUCAAUCUGCUACGCGAGAUUGGCUUUGGCGUCUCGGCCGUCGUGGGCCACUCUUCGGGAGAAAUCGCCGCGGCGUACGCUGCCGGCGCCGUCUGCGCUGCCGAAGCCAUUCGCAUCGCGCACUUGCGCGGCAUGGUUGCGAAGCUCGCCGGCUCCGGACAUCAGCUCGGUGCCAUGGCCGCCGCAGGUCUAGACGCAGAAGAGGCUAUAAGAUUGUGCACUCGGCCAGAGUUCUUCGGGCGCGUUGCUGUUGCUGCGUACAAUUCCCCGCAGAGCGUGACAUUCUCGGGCGAUGCUCCUGCCAUUGACGAGCUUUCAGACCUUUUGAAAAGUCAGCAGAGAUUUGUCCGAGUCCUAAACGUCGACAAGGCCUACCACUCUCACCAUAUGGAGCCUUGUGCUAAAGCAUAUCUAGCAGCUUUACAAAGCGUCGCGAUCCAGCCGCAGACUUGCGCAUCCGCUAGGUGGUUCUCCAGCUUGAAGCCCGGCCACGAGAUUGGCCAUUCCGACAUGAAGUCUUUGAAAGCUUCAUACUGGGUGGACAACAUGCUUGAACCUGUCCUUUUCACUCAGGCAAUAGUUGCAGCCGCCAAAGAGUCUUUUCCUGAUCUGAUUCUAGAAAUCGGCCCUCACGCAGCCCUCAAGGGCCCGACGAGGCUGUCCCUCUCAGAGAGCCUGCCGCACGCGAACGGGGCCAAUGUGCCUUACAUAUCACUUUUAAGUCGCGGUGAAAGCGCACUGAAGUGUUUCGCAGACGCUCUAGGGUCAUUCUGGGCCAUUGCUGGUCCAGGGUCCUGUAAGCUGGGUUCCUAUGUCACCAUGCUGGGCGGCAGCACCUCAGACUCCAUGACACCCAUGAUGAAGACCAUUCCCACAUAUCCGUUUGAUAAAUCCAAGGCCUACUGGGCAGAGUCUAGAGCCUCAAUGUCCUUUGCUCAUCGAUCGCAAUCCGUUCAUAUGCUGCUUGGUGCUCCAACUACGGACAGCCCCCCUGGAGAAUGGUGCUGGAGAAACUACCUGCGUCCUGAGCAGAUUCCAUGGCUGAGUGGCCACAAGAUUGAGUCUCAAAUCGUGUUCCCUGCCACCGGCUACGUUGCCAUGGCAGUAGAAGCCGCAGCGAUCAUUGCGGACACCAGACCACUGCGCUUGGUUCAGCUGUGUGACUUCCAGAUCGAGAAUGCCAUAGUAUUGAAGGAUAGCUCGUCAUUUUUGGCCGACGUGGAGAUUUUCUUCCGAAUCCAGAACUUCCAGAUCGAUGCCGCCGGUUCAAGGGCGACUGCAACUUUUGCCUGUCAUUCUACUUUUGCAGGCAAGCUUCGCCGCUGCGCACAUGGAAGCAUGGAGAUGACGUUUGGCGAACAGGACCAAUACCUGCUGCCAUCUAGACGAGCUCUGCCGCAUGACCUUGCAGAGAUAAAUAUUGACGAGCUGUACUCCUACCUACACCAGUUUGGCUACGGAUACGAGGGUCUAUUUCGCGGCAUCACCCAGUGUGGCAGGAAGAGGGACCUAGCGAGCGGACGAAUUACAAACGUGUCGCUUGGAAAUACCGACGGGUCGCUGAUUGUGCAUCCCGCCAUGAUGGACACGCUGCUUCAAGGAUUUCUCGCAGCCAUUGGAGAAUGCCAUGACGGCAGGCUUCAUACGCUGCUUGUGCCGACCGGAAUCGCCAGGGUCACAAUCAAUCCCUUCUUUGGCGGUCCCGGCGGCAUAGCCACUGAUGAGGUUGCGUUUGACGCACAAUUGACCGGCUCUGACGCUGAAAUUAUGAAGGGAGACGUGGCCAUGUUUGAUCUCGGUGGGAAUUGCGCCAUUCAGUUUGACGGGGUCCAAGUCUCGCCCUUGAUGCCCCCGACCGCAGCUGACGACCGCCUCUUGUUUUCAGAGGCUGUCUGGGGGCCUCUGAGUCCCGAUGCGACAGUGGACAAGAGUGCAACUCGUCUGGAACUCAGCUGCGAUUCCAGGAAUCAAGGGCAGCUCGUCAUUCUGCACAUGAAGCAAAUCCUGGACAUGAUUUCUGUGGACGACACCCUGUCAGGCUGUCCGCGUGCUGAAAAGAUUGUCCGUUGGUUUCGCCACAUCAUUGAUUCGGUGCGAGAGGGCACACAUCCCAUAUACGACAGCCAGCAGAUGGAUGGCACCAUUGACAACGUUCGUGCCAAUCUCGACCCGGACUCAUGCAUCACGACAGCUAUCGACAUGAUCGGAACCAACUUGAUAUCCCUUCUCCGUGGCGAGAUGAACAUCUCACAAGUCCUGCAGCACGAGGCGGAUUUUCUUCAACGGAUGUCUAGAGAACUUUUGGACAAUGAAAUCUUGGAGCAGAUGGCAUCCGUCGUAAGCCAAAUCACGUUUCGGUACCCUUGCAUGAGGAUACUAGAGAUUGGUGCUGGAGUUGGUUCUGCUACCGGCACCAUUCUUGAUGCUGUUGGGCCUUCGUACUACUCGUACACUUACACCGACACUUCACCAGACUCCUUUGAUGGUACCGACAAGCGGUUCCUGAAACGCUCCAUAGACCACUCGGAGCGUUUCACAUACAAGGUUCUUGAUAUGACCGCGAGCCCUGCCGAGCAGGGAUUCGACAACCACUCAUACGAUCUUGUUGUCGCCACCAACUUACUCUACCCCACGGUGUCGUUGCACGAUGUAUUAGUACGAGCCAGGAUGCUGUUGAAGCCUGGGGGCUACUUUCUGCUUGCCGCAUGCCUAAAUCCCGACAUUCUCGCAGCGUCCUUUAUCCAUUGCGGAUUUGAAGACUGGUGGCUCGAUGAGUCGGAUGGCCCCAACUUUGGUCCUAUGGGCACUCAGGAAGAUUGGCACAAGCACCUUCAGGCGGCGGGAUUCUCCGGGGUCGACUCAAUCACACCGGGUCAUUGUAGCGGACCACGACCUGUUUCCAUCUUGGUUUCUCAGGCUGUGGAUGAGGAGGUGCUCCGUCUGCGAAACCCGCUCGAGUAUACCGAUCAGCCCAAACCCAAUCAUGGCAAUCUAUACAUCAUCGGAACAACUUCUUCAACCGCGGCACACCUUAUCCCAGAGCUAAAGGCAGUCCUGUCCAAAUUCUUCCAGAGUGUUGUGACAGCUCCAACCAUCGACUCUUGCCACACUGGACAGCUCGCGCCAAUGUCGUCAGUCCUCGUCUUGGAUGUCGAAAAACAAUUACUGAAAAACAUGACUGAGCCACAGUUUGACGGCCUGAAGUUGUUUAUGGAUACCUGCCACACUGUGUUUUGGGUCUCAUGUGGUUCUGAGAGCGACGAGCCGCACAUCGGCUUGGUCAAUGGGCUGUUGAGAUCGGCGGCCAUUGAGAAUCCGCAUGCACGAUAUACACACCUCAACAAUGUCGACUUGGAAUCUUUGCAGAGCCGCAUCAUCGCAGAGGAAUUAUUACGAGUGAGACUCGUCAAGUCGGAGAAUGACUACGCUCUACGCAAGCGUGUUUGGUCGGUAGAGGCGGAACUCCGUGUUGAGAAUGGCAAGACCUGGAUACCGCGGUUCAAGACUGAGCCUGAAAUGAAUAAACGCUACAUGUCAGGCCGGCGGGUAAUCCACGACACGGCUGAUCUUCGACAUUCAACAGUCAGCAUGUCGGAGUCUGGAGCGCUGCGCGCCAUCGAACCAGCUGCUUGCGUCGCCGACGACGCCGUCACUCAAAUUCAUGUCCGGUACUCCAUCUCAGCACCCUUGAGAUUUGAGGGAGCUGGCCUGCUCUACCUCGUGGUGGGCGUAGAUUCGAGCACCAGUGCGCGCGUACUUACUUUGUCUAGCAGCCGCUCGUCGGUCGUCACGGCCCCUUCAAGCUGGUGUCGGGCGAUUCCCAGCAGCAUCGACACUGCUAGAGAAGCGCACUACUUGCAUGAUGUAGAGCUGACGCUUCUAGCUCAGUCGCUUCUGCACCAAGUUGGUCCAAACGGUACGGUCGUGUUAUACGAGCCCGAGGAAGCGCUGCACAUUGCCAUCUCCACCUCGGCAGCAAUUCUCGGUCUGAAGCUGGUCCUCAUCACCACCCAACAGAACAGUCGCUCUCCGGCAAGCGAUUCCACGAUUUUCGUUCAUAAAAUGACUUCAGAGCACGAAUUGUCGCGUCUUCUUCGACCUCACGUUGCAUCGGCCGCAGUUUUCCUAGAUGCGGAACCACGGGAUGAGGGACUUGGCCGCCGCCUGCAAUCACUGUUCCCGAGCAGCGUUCGUCGCGAGAAUUUGCAAAGUCUGCGCAAAAUUCCUGCAAAGCUCUCGUCUCGUUGCGACGCUCGCUCCCCAACAACAGCGGCCGUUUUUCUCGAGGACGCGUGCUGCGCAGCACUCGAGUUGGUAGCCUCCCCGCUCAUGCCGAUGCCGAAGCUCGUAGAUGUUCAACGGAUGCAAGAGUCUGAGGAGCCAUCGGAUAUUAUCGACUGGACAAGAAACAGAGAGGUCGUGGUCCGCGUUUACCCUUCAGCAUCUACUGUGCUGCUGUCUCCUUCAAAAACAUAUCUCCUCGUCGGCAUGACUGGCAGCCUUGGACGUUCUGUCGCAGAGUGGAUGAUUUCCAGAGGAGUACGUUAUGUCGUCCUGACGAGUCGAAACCCAAAGGUCGAGCAGUGGUGGAUUGACGACAUGACGAGCGCCGGGGCAAAGAUUUUGGCUCUCGCAAUGGACGUGACGGAUAAAGAGUCGAUAUGCAAGGCGCACGACACCAUUGUUCAGCAGUUUCCAAAAAUCGGCGGCGUCGUGAACGGGGCGACCGUGAUCCGGGAUGCAUGGCUGUCCAACACAACCUACACGGAUUGGCAGGACAUUACGAAGCCCAAAGUCCAAGGAAGCAUUCUGCUGAGCGACAUGUACGAGGGCACAGACUUGGACUUCUUCAUCUUGAUGGGCUCCAUCUCUGGACACAUGGGCAACCGGUCCCAAGCGGCGUACGCAGCCGCCAACUCGUUCAUGUCGAGCCUCAUCGCCCAGCGUCGCAGCCGGGGCCUCGUGGGGAGCAUCAUCAGCCCCGGGCCGAUCCUCAGCGUCGGCUACGUCUCCAACGCGGACGCCAAGCUCCGGGGGCUGCUCAACGAAGCCAUGGGCUGCUACAACACGUCCGAGCAGGAUCUCCACGAGCUCUUUGCCGAGGCCAUCCUGGCCGGCCAGCCAGCCGCCGGUCGCAACCCAGACAUCAUUGCCGGGCUCAAAAAGGCCAGUCCCAAAGCGCAGCCGGGCAUCAAGUGGUACCACAACGCAAAGACGUGGCACUUCAUAGACAGCCACCAAGACGGCGGCGGCGACACGCUGGCUCCGGGCACGGCCGCGCAGGUGUCGCUGAGGGAACAGCUAUCGUCGGCCGCGACAACGGCCGAGUCGGCGAGCAUCAUCGAGACGGAGUUUAUCCGAACAGUGACGAGAAAGCUUCUGCUGUCGGACGGCACGGUCUCGAGGGAGACCUCGCUCGUCGAGUUGGGUGUGGAUUCGCUGAUUGCUGUGGAGCUGCGUUCGUGGCUGGCGAAAGAAGCCGGCUUGCUGAUUCCGACGCUGAAAAUACUGGGAGACUACUCCAUCGCCCAGCUAAUAAGCGAGAGCCUGCCGUCGAAAUGA